GGCUGGGUUUCCCCAGCCACUCUGGGCGGCUUCCAACAGAAAAAUGAAAUAAAAUAAUCUAUUAAACAUUAAAAGCCUCCCUAAACAGGGCUGCCUUCAGAUGUUUUCUAAAAAUCUGGUAGCUGUUUUUCUCUUUGACAUCUGAUGGGAGGGCGUUCCACAGGGCGGGCGCCACCACCGAGAAGGCCCUCUGCCUGGUUCCCCGCAACUUGGCUUCUCGCAACGAGGGAACCGUCAGAAGGCCCUCGGUACUGGACCUGUCCGGGCAGAACGAUGGGGGUGGAGACGCUCCUUCAGGAUGUAUUGUGGGUGUCUGCAAAACUUUAUAAUCUGUUUCAUGUUGGCUUUUGAUGAUAUGGCAUGUUCUAAGAUCGUAAAUUUGUAGUAUUGGAAGGGACCCUAAGGAUCAUCCAACCCUUUGGCAAAUAGACAUUCCGUUGUGGUGACCGUGACCUUGGUUUAAGGUACCAUUUGACACCUAGCUUGUAUACCUGAGUUUCUAACACUGCUUAUAUAUAGUAUAAAUGUAUAGCAUUGUCAGCAGUUAGGAUUUUCUGUAUUAUUAUUAUCUUUAAAUCUCUCUUCAAAAAGAAGCUGAAAAUGGCUAACAGUAAUAAAAGCAACAAAACAACUGGCAGAAAAGAAACAACAGCAGAUAAAAAAGAGCACAACCUUUGUCAAGCAUUAAAAGGAGAAUAAACCCACCAGCAGGAGUGAGGUGGUUUCAGUAACCAACUGUCUUAGGAGUAAGCUCCAUUGGACAUGGUAGUUAAAAGCCUUUUUAAACAAGACUAAUGAACUCCUUCACAUUUUUCAGGGUUGAGUGGUUAAAGAACUUAAACUUACAGGAGAUACCCAACUUGGGCUGUAUUCUGAUCAGGAUGAAGCAUGUCUUGUGAUUUAUCCCCCACCUCCCAAAGAAUCACUGCCUCGGUCUGCAGCAAUUACUUCAUUCCUUAUUCCCAUUACACUGUGUCUGGUUUAUCUAUCCUGCAGACUUUCAUCACUCCUCUUACUAUAAAUAUUCCUUGUGUUCCUUAUUCUGGCCUACAGGAACCUGAUUCAACCUCAUUUUUCAAUCCAAGCAUCUUGUUUCCACCAGCCCCCAAUUCAAAAAUCCACAUAGCUGGAAUUGGGCUUGAGGUUAUUUGGUCAACUACUUACACAACUGAGGUUCUGUAUAUCUAAAUGUUAUUCACAGUCAUUAAUACAGCUAAUACCAUAAAACUUCCAAAAAUAAACAUGUGAAUAUCAUGAAGACCACAUUGAGACAAUCACAAAAAAUCAUUAUCAGACACACACACACACACACACACACACACACACACACAGAGAGAGAGAGAGACCACUCACUCAAAGAAAGCAGAAAAGACGUGAGUACGUAAUUUCAUCCCAGAAGGGAUUUUUAAUCAUGUAUUUAUUUAGUUGCAGGGGCAGUGGGAAUGAGUUUAUGGAACCAAAUGGGCGAAGAGCCCACCAAUUCCUUGGGAGUAUAAUGUUUUUCACCAGGUUGGAACUUGGAUGUGAAUUCAUUUGGCACCUGCUGUAGGCAGAAGGAAGUAAGAUAUAAUGUGGCAAGUCAGGUAAACAACUUAUUUUUAAUAUCUUUGAAGCUGGUUUAAUUUGCCCUUGAACUUUCUUAACAUUAUAAACCCAAAUUGUGGUGGAUUUACAAAAUGACUUGCUGGUCCCGUUCAUAUGAGAUUUUGCUAACCAUUUCAGUUUCAUUUUUCUUGGAAUGUUGUUUUCGUGAGGAAAAGCUGCUGGGUUGCACAGCUGGUUUCCUAGAAUAUACUGUUUUCCAAGUUCACUCUAAUGUUAAAGCAGAAAGCAAUUCAGCUGCUACUUUCCAGAGUUGUGAGAAGUGGAUGCACUUCUGCCUUGCCAGGGAAGCGAGUUCAGUUGUCGAAAAUGACCAACAACCUUUGCAACCAUGCAGUUUUGCAUGGGUGGAAUGGAGUGCGAGGCUGAGGGGAGCGUUGGUUGAGGAACAGUUCGCCUGUGUCUUGCAUCGCCAGGAAAAAGGAGUGAUAAUGUUAGCUCACCUGCCCAUACCUGGUAGAUCACCUGAGUACUGCUGCACUCUCUCGAGUGUUAUUUCUUUGGGGCACUGGGGCAGCCUAUCUGAGCCCAAGCAUUGAGGCAAACCAAAGGAGCUGUCAAUGGCUGCUCCCAGCUUUGAACCACUCCGCAUCACCAGAGUGGUAUCAGUGCAAGACCUUAUUUAGGCAAGCAUUUUGUGGCUGGGGUUGAGUGAGGGGAUCCUUCUAUUUUAAAACACUGAAUGUUGUUGUCCAUGAGUCUUUUAUGGAGGUGCAGGGGAAGGAGGAACUGAAGUUCGCCUAUUGAAUGGACAAAUGUCCUCUGGUAGACCACCAACCGACCUCUGAGCUGCCAUUAGAACUUUCCAAGAAGGGUCACCUCAGCAAAUUGUAUUUUCAGUCCCUCUGUCUUAAUAGUCCGGAGGGCUACCCUCCCCCCCCAACACAUAUUUCAUGGGCUCCCUUUGGACCAUUUGAUCCGGGAGAUUCAAAGCUGGUGUCAUCCAACUGUGCUAAAGAUGGCAUUUUAAGAGUGUGCCUCCCUUGUUAAAACUGAAAAGGAGAAAAGGGAGCACCGCAUGCCUUGCCCUGUUAAUCACUGCGUUGUCUAUUUGAUGGUUUGACAAACCUCCAUGGGGCUUCUCAGCUAGCCAGCAAGGAGACAGCCUGGCAGCAAAAGUAAACUGAAACCUCCUUGGCUUUCAGAAUGGGGUCCGUGCUUGUAAAAGGAGAGUUCUUUUUAUUUAUUUAUUUAUUUUUUAAGAAAAGCAGGGGCACGUGUGUCUUCUAAAUAAACAUCUGAGAUGCUUUUGUCAAAAUAGACUCUUGCAUUCCUCUCCGCUGGACGCAGUCAUAUGAUUACAAAGCCGUGAUCGGCUCUUAAGCUGUUGGGAGCCCGUACUGGUUAAUGACAGGGGUCCCUGGCAGAACCGAUCAUGCCCUAUUUUACAGUGGCUUAGUUUCCCUUUGGAAAGUGUCACUUGAAAGCUAAUUGGGUACAGCAUACUGUAUUUGCUUCUUAGAGGGAGCACAGGGCCUGGGUCAGUAGCACAUGCCGCCCGCUCGUGGUGCGAGCAGUUUGUGCACAUUCUUGCCUCUCUGGCCGGCAGCGGCCAUCACGUAUUACUCACCGGUUGAGCAUGCACUGGAUAUAUUAUUAGCUAUUUCUUUCGAUCACUCAGCUAUCAAGUACCAGGCAAAUCAAAAAAUAGCUCUGGACUGGUGUGAGACUGUCUGCAUAUUGUUUACAGGAUAUUUUGGAGCGGGGCAAUAUUUACUGUGUCUGAACUGCAGAGGCAGUAGUUGGCGCUACGGCGCAGGAGGAGUGAAAACAAAAGCCACGUUGGUGUCGGGCAUCCCCCUCCUCCAGUGCCAGGCGGGGGCAGCUGCAGCAGUUGGCACAGCCCGCUGGAUGGGACGGUGGCACUUGGCACAGCCCUGUCCCUAGAAGCUGCCCAGUUGUUUUCUCAAGAGUGAUGAAGUCUGAAGAAGACCCCGAAGACGGAGACAGCAUGUCAGGGGAUCCGAGCUAAGGGAAGAAGGGCCAAGAUGAAUGCAGAAGGGCAGCAGAAAUUCAGGUUGCACUCGGCAGCCACCUUGGACUCUGGCUGUAGCUGAAUGUUGGGUUUGCUGUUCACUCUUGGCAGCCAGGACUCGGGAACUCUAGGAUGAGUUGCUGGUUUUCCUGUGCCCUUAAAAACACAUUGACUGCAGACUGGAACAAGUACGAUGAUCGCUUGAUGAAAGCUGCUGAACGGGGUGACGUGGAGAAGAUCUCGUCUGUCCUUGCCAAGAAGGGCGUAAACCCCACCAAACUCGAUGUGGAAGGAAGAUCUGCGUUCCAUGUUGUAGCUGCCAAAGGGAAUCUUGAUUGUCUGAAUGCCAUUCUUGUACAUGGGGUUGACAUUGUAGCUACUGAUGCAGCAGGAAGGAACGGUCUGCACCUUGCUGCGAAAUAUGGGCAUGCACUCUGUCUGCAAAAAUUGUUGCAGUACAACUGCCCUACAGAAAAUGUGGAUCUUCAGGGUCGCACUGCUCUUCACGAUGCAGCGAUGUCAGAUUGUUCAUCCAGCAUCCAGUUACUGUGUGACCAUGGAGCCUUGGUGAAUGCCAGAGAUGCAGAUGGGAGGACGCCUCUGGUGCUGGCCACUCAGAUGUGCCGUCCAUCCAUAUGUCAACUUCUGCUCGACAGGGGCGCUGAUGUCAAUGCAAGAGACAAACAGAACAGGACAUCUCUGAUGUUAGGCUGUGAAUAUGGCUGCAAGGAUGCUGUGGAAGUUUUGCUCAAAAAUGGUGCGGACGUCACUUUGGUGGAUGCCCUUGGCCAUGACUGCUCUUACUAUGCAAGGAUUGGUGAUAGCGUUGAAAUCUUGGCUCUGAUAAAGGCUGCCAUGGAGGAGUCCAACAAAGCAAGUUACGAAGUCAUGAAGAAAGGACAGCCUCUUCACAAGGUGACCAACAUGCUGCCAAAAUGGAGUCAACCAAAUACCUUAGAGGACAUGAGCUUCAAGACGCAUCAGAAGGAACACUGGAAUGUACAGGAAUUAGAAAGAGAGAAUGAAGACUUGAAAGGCAGGCUAAGGGAGAUCCAGCAGGAGCACCGGAUUCUAUUGGACAGAAUCAAUGGUCUGCAGCUGCAGCUGAACGAGGAGCAAAUGGUUGCAGAUGAUCUCGAAAGCGAGAAAGAUGAGCUCAGGAGGCGGCUAACAGCAAAGGAGAAGCAGCAGGAAGAAAGUUCACGGAUGCUUGAAGCUCUGAAGUCAAAGCUGAGAUUCUAUGAGGGAGACCACGGGGCACCUGGAAACAGUUUUGGUAAUAGGAAAGAAGAUGUUCUGCUGAAGCAGGGUUCCACGUAUUCUGCAGAACCACAGCAGGCCCCUGUCUCAGCGCCAGCUGCCCUCCAGAGUAGAUCCAUGGUGCGGCCCCUGGAGCUCCUGAGCCCAAGCCUGUCUCCUGCUGCCUCUGAGGCGGAAGCUCUGAAACGGGAGCUGGGCAACCUGAGGAACUGCUACGAUGCAGCCCGAGGGGAGGUGAGCAGGCUGCAGCUGGAGCUCUCCCACAAGGCGGCAGAGUGCAAAGCGCUGGCGGCAGAGUGCGAGAGAACAAAGCUGGAGUCGGACCAGCAGAUCAAGCAGCUGGAAGACGCCUUGAAGGACGUGCAGAAGAGGAUGUUCGACUCGGAAGGGAAAGUGAAGCAGAUGCAGACGCACUUCCUGGCCCUGAAGGACCACCUGACGAGUGAGGCGGCAGCCACCGGCAGCAAGGCGGUGGAGGAGCUGAAGGAGCAGCUGAAGGACACCAAGGCCAAGUACGAGGGGGCCUCGGCCGAGGUGGGCAAGCUGAGGAACCAGCUGAAGCAGAACGAGCUGCUGGUGGAGGAGUUCCGCAGGGAUGAGGCCAGGCUGGUGGACGACAACAAGAAGCUGCAGAGGGAGCUGGGCAUGUUGAAGGUGGAGCACGAGAAGCGGGAGAGGAGGGCUUGCGAGGCGGAGGGUCAGCUGAAGGAGGCGGCGGCCAAGCUGGCGGAGAAGCUCGAGAAAGUGAAGAGCUCACUCUCGGGCGAAGUGGAGGAGAAGGCGCGGAGGUUGGUGGAGGCAGAGGCAGAGCGGCAGAAGCUGCGCACGGAGGCUCAGGGGCUGAGAGCAGAGCUGGAGGGCCAGAGAGGCCAGUUUGCCCAGUAUGUGAGGCCGGAGGAGCACAAGCAACUGAAGGGCAGGUAUGAGCAGAAGGCCAGGGAGCUGGAACGAGUGCAGGCGGAGCUGAAGCACCAGAGCCAGGCCUGGCAGGCAGAGGUGGAGAAGGCCAAGGCAGGCCACAGCCUGCUGAAGCAGCAAGUGGAGGCCCUCCGGAGCGAGAUGAAGAGCCAGUACGUGCCUUUGAAGGUCAGUGAGGAGGUGAAGCGGGCGAGCGACGUCACAGUUGGAGACCUGAACAAGAAGCUAGCGGAGAGCAGAGAGAAGUGUCAGAAGCACAGCGCAGAGGCAGAGAAGCUGCUGGCAGAAAACCUCCGCUUGAAGGAGACGGUUGGGCAGCUCCAGGCGGCUUACAUCCCCCGGGAGAAGCACGAGAAGGAGACGGGAGCCUUGAAGCUAACCACGGCCAGCCUGGAGCUGCAACUCACCGAGCUCAGCCAAAAGUACAGGGAGCAGCAAGCCAAGGCAUCCGAGUUUGCAUCCAAAAAUGCCGCUCUUCAAGAGACCAUGGAAGAGCAGUACGUGCCGGUGGCUACUCACGAGGAGGUCAAGGCAGUGCUGAACAGCACUCUCGAAAGGACGGGCCAAGAGCUGUCGGAGCUGAAGGACAAAAUGGAAAGUGUCAAGCAAGAGUUUGUGAGGGUGAGCGAUGAAAACGGGACCCUGAAGAGGAAGCUGCGAACUCUGCAAAGCCAAGUGCAAGGAGGCGAAUACAUAAACACACGGGAGCAUGAGGCAAAAGUUGCCGCCCUCCACAAAAACAUUCAGGAGCUACAGGAGAGCGGUUCUGAAAUGCAGGCAAAAUACCAGGCGAAACAAGAGGAGGUGGCCCAGUUGCAUGCUGAGAUCAAGGCCCAAAAGAAGGAGCUCGAUAUGAUCCAGGAAUGCAUCAAGUCCAAAUAUGCCCCCCUUGCCAGUUUCGAAGAGAAGGAGCGCCGCUUUGAGGAGACAGCAAAAGAACUGAGGAGCCAGCUGCAGAAGGAGAGGGAGCAGCGCAGAGAGAGAGAGGAGGAAGUCAAGAAAUGCAGCCAGGAGAACGAGAAGCUGAAGGCCAGGCUCCUGAGCGUCCAGAACGACCUGCAGCAGAACUACGUCCUGGCAGAGAAGUCGCACGAAAUGGAGCUGAUGUUUGCCAGCAAGAUGGACGGCCUCAACAAGCAGUUGUGCGAGCUGCAGCAGAAGUUUGCCGAGAUCCAGUGCGAGAAGGAGCGGCUUCAGGAAGAGAGCGCCCGGCAGCGCUCGGAGGCCCGCGAGGCAGAGAGUCGCCUCCACGGCCAAUACGUCCCGCUGGAGCAGGUGGAAGCCCUGGAGAGGCAGCUCGGCUGCACCAUCAAAGAGCUGAAAGGGGAGCUGAGCAGCAAGGAGGCCAGCUGCCAGCAGGAGGUGCAGAAAUCCCAGGAGCUGCAGCGGGAGAUGGCCGAUCUCAAGGCUGCCUCUGUGCCUCUAGCCGAGCACCUCCGCAUCAAGGAAGGCUUGGAGAGGGAAGCAUCCGCCGCGAAAUCCGCCUUAAGAGAGAAGGAGGGAGAGAGCCAGGAGAGGGCAGAGAAGGUUGCCAAGCUGCAGUCUGAAAUCCAGAGCGCCAAAGAAGCCUUGUGGGACCUGGAGAGCCGAGAGGUGGUUGGGAUGGCGGAGCACAAGAUGGUGAAGAGCAAGCUGGAAGGGCAAGUAGGCAGCAUGGCAGAGAAGCUGGCUGAGCUCAGCCGGAAGCUGGAGGCAGCCCAGCAAGGCAGGAUGGAGGAGGCACCCACCAAGGACAAGAAGGAGCCCCUGCAGUCCAGGAACUUCAGCAUUGAGCAGGAGAUCAAGGACCAGAAGGAGAGGUGUGACAAGUCCCUGAGCACCAUCGCAGAGCUGCAGAAAAGGAUCCAGGAGUCCGCAAAGCAAGUGGAAGCCAAAGACAACAAGAUAACUGAGCUACUUAAUGAUGUGGAGCGGCUAAAACAGGCCCUUAACGGUCUCUCUCAGCUUACAUACAACAGCGGCCUCCCCACAAAGCGACAGAGCCAGCAGGUCGAAGUGCUCCAGGCGGAGGUGAAGACCCUUCAGCAGCAGCUGGCCGAUGCUGAGAGGCAGCACCAAGAGGUCAUCUCAAUAUAUCGGACGCACCUUCUCAGUGCUGUUCAGGGUCACAUGGAUGAAGACGUCCAAGCUGCCUUACUCCAGAUCAUCCGCAUGCGACAAGGGCUUGUUUGCUAGGGGUGGGGGUCGGGGUGGGAGGGGGUCGUGCUGUUGUCAGGGCCCUGAAGGCGCCUACAGCUGUGAAAGCAUGCCUUCCUUCCUGCUUCGAUCCAAAAAGCGAAAAAAGGGCU